AUGAAUGUCAAUUUACUAGUUUGGUUCUUAGUGUCAAUUACAUCUCAAUUGGUAUGUUGUUUGAUAGAUGAUGUAAAACCUUUAUUAAGUUUAAGAGAUAGGGAUAGAAUCAUUGAAGUCACAGAUGAAAAUUAUGAAUCCUUAAUGGGUGGUGUUAAAGGUUACUCCACUGUAUUGUAUAUUACCAUGAGAGGUGAAUUAAAUGGUAAGGCUUGCGAUAUGUGUAAUGAAUUUGAAGAAACUCUUCGUCAAGCAAGUAACCAAAUAUAUUAUCAAUAUCCUGAUUUAAAUGUGUUGUUUUAUAUUGCUGAUGUGGGGGUUAAUAAAAAACUAGCACAAGAUUUAAAAUUAAAAUUUAUUCCUCAUUUACUAGUUUAUCCUCCUGCUACAGACAAUUCUUUCAAAUGGUCAACCUCACAAUUUUAUCAAUAUGAGUUAACUGAACGUGUAGUCAAAGAAUUGAUGGCAUUGGCAAAUUUCUUAGGCAAAACUUUAAACAUUCUAAUUAAAAUCAAUGAACCAUUUAAAUAUGAUGAAUUUAUAUUUUAUUUUGGUACUUCAAUGCUAGUAUUUAUUAUAUUGAAAAAAAUUAUUUUACCAAGAGUUAACAAUAAAUCAAAAUUUGCCAUGGCUGUUUUUUCAUUUACCGUAAUCUUUUUAAGUAUAACUGGUUAUAAAUUUACUGAGAUUAAGGGUAUACCGUUUAUCGCUAGAAAUGAUAAAGGAGAAAUAAUGUAUUUUAGUGGUGGUAUGAAUUGGCAAUUCGGUAUUGAAAUAUUUACAGUUUCGACCAUGUAUUUGGUAUUAGGCUUACAAACUUUACUUUUGAUCUGUUUACCAAAAUUAUCAGUUAACGAAAAUGUAAAGUUUAUUUCUUGUUUAUUCCUAACAGUGUCAAUAUUUUACUCAUUCAGUUAUUAUAUCAGUUGUUUUAUGAUAAAAAGUCCAGGUUAUGCAUUCUCAUUUUAA